AUGAGCCCACCAUAUAUUUACCGUAGGUAUAGAUGUUGACACUCGAGCUUACUUUACAUCAGCUACUAUAAUUAUUGCUAUUCCAACUGGCGUAAAAGUCUUUAGUUGGCUAGCCACCCUUCAUGGCGGUAAUAUUAAAUGAUCCCCCGCUAUAAUAUGAGCCCUAGGAUUUAUCUUCUUAUUUACAAUUGGAGGGUUAACUGGCAUUGUUCUUGCUAAUUCUUCACUAGACAUUGUCUUACAUGACACCUACUACGUUGUAGCUCACUUUCACUACGUCUUAUCUAUAGGUGCAGUUUUUGCCAUUAUGGGUGGGUUUAUUCACUGAUUUCCACUAUUUUCAGGAUACACAUUAAAUUAUACAUGAGCUAAAAUUCAGUUUCUAGUUAUAUUUAUCGGUGUUAAUUUGACAUUCUUUCCCCAACACUUUCUUGGGCUAUCUGGUAUGCCACGUCGAUAUUCUGACUAUCCAGAUGCCUACACUGCAUGAAAUACUGCUUCUUCUAUUGGUUCAUUUAUCUCUUUAGUAGCCGUAAUUCUAAUGGUCUUUAUAAUUUGAGAGGCAUUUGCUUCUAAGCGUGAAGUUUCUAUGGUAGAACUCACAACAACAAACGUAGAAUGACUUAACGGAUGUCCACCUCCACAUCAUACAUUCGAAGAGCCAGCCUACGUAAAAUCUAACUCGAGAAGGGAAGGAGUCGAACCUCCAACAGUUAGUUUCAAGCCAAAUCUAUAACCUUUAUGCCUUCCCCAGCAGGCAUGAAAUUUUAGUAAAACAAUUACAUAGCCUUGUCAAAGCUAAGCUACAGGUUUAAAUCCCGUAAAUUUCUAUGGCCUAUCCAUUACAAUUAGGGUUCCAAGAUGCUACAUCCCCUGUUAUAGAAGAACUCCUUCACUUCCAUGACCACACCCUAAUAAUUAUUUUCCUUAUUAGCUUCUUAGUCCUGUAUAUUAUUCUACUUAUAUUAACUACUAAGCUAGUUCAUACAAAUAUAAUAAACGUCCAAGAGAUAGAAAUAAUCUGAACCAUUCUCCCAGCUAUUAUCCUUAUCUUAAUUGCCUUGCCCUCUUUACACACUUUAUAUAUAAUAGACGAAAUUAAUAACCCCCUACUAACAAUCAAAACUAUAGGACACCAAUGAUUCUGGAGCUAUGAGUACACUGAUUAUGAAGAUUUAGCUUUCGACUCAUACAUAAUCACUACUGAUAGCCUAAAAUUUGGAGAACUUCAAUUACUAGAGGUAGACAAUCGAAUGGUGUUACCCACAGAUCUGCCAGUUCGAAUACUAGUCUCAUCAGAAGAUGUUCUCCAUUCAUGGGCUGUCCCAUCCCUAGGUCUAAAAACAGAUGCAAUUCCAGGACGACUUAAUCAAGUGACUUUAACAUCAAUACGACCUGGUUUAUUUUAUGGUCAGUGUUCCGAAAUCUGCGGAGCAAAUCAUAGCUUUAUACCAAUUGUCCUAGAACUAGUUCCACUUAAAUACUUUGAAAGCUGGUCAGCAUCGCUAGCAUAAU